AUGGCACAACAUAACUUUCAGAUAGCGGGGACAAAGAGAUAUAUAGUACUAGAUAGAGAGGGUAGAAAGACUCAGCCCCACCAAGCAAGCAUGUCCAGUAACGAAUGGCGCACUACGGAGGACCAAACAAGAAGCUGCUGCCGCGUUGUGGCAACGCUCGUUCUCAUCGGCAUCUUCUUGUUUUCAUGCAUCAUCCCCUUUGUUCUCUACUACUUCUCCCGUAACUUGCUUCGCAGCACCUGGCAAGCCGGCACAGUUGGUGGUCGCCACUACGCCACAACCGGGCUCGAUCAGUAUUUGAUCUCCACCCUGCCCACCUUUACCUUCCGAAGGGCCACCUAUCGGGGUGGCAAAGAUAAGGGGACCUCAGCCGAGUGCGCCGUCUGCAUCGAUAGUGUGGAAGACGGGGAAAUGGUGAGGUUGUUGCCCAACUGUGAGCAUGUCUUUCAUGUGGAGUGCAUCGACAUGUGGUUGCACUCCCACUCCACUUGCCCCGUGUGCCGGACGGAGGCCGAGCCAGGGAAGAUGGUCGCAAAAAUGGUGGUAGGCGAGGUCUGA